UUCAAAAAUCAUGAAGCGGAAGUACGAUCGCGAACAUGUUAAGGACGAACACACAACACCGACAACUGACAACACACCAAUUGAGAACGCACCAACCGAUGACGCAUCUACCGGAUUUAUAGUCGAUUCCGAGUACUUUGAAAACGUAUUGAGGCUAUUGAGAGAAGUAGUGCAGAAGCAAAACCAGCUGGAGCAAAGAUUAAAUAAUGAGAUGGUCACAAAAGCGGAGUUUGCUGCCCACAACAAAAUGUUGUCCGAAGUGAAGGUAGCAACAAAAAAAAUAGAGGUAUGUGUCUGCAAGAUGACAGGCGAAGCUAGCGACCCAAUAAGGGACGAAAUAGCCAGUAUGAUGCCUAUGGCAACGAUGGCCGCCGUACUCGAAGUGGAGGAAAAGUUGACAGACCCGAACUACACCCAAGCUAUGAAAACGUAUCUCCUCAAAAUAAAAGCUUUCUCUGACGACGUUGACGUUGUAGUCAAACAUUUGUUUACAGACAAAUUGUUAUAUAGUUUCAACUGGGAGGGUAAGUGGCAAAAGCGUGCCCUGGCGGAGCUGACUUUGGUUGACAAAGUGCUAAGUGAUAUUUACAAAACGCUUGGCGUUGCCGGCUUUGAAAAAAACAUGAGAAAAUCGGUUGGGCUCAGUCACAAUCGAUUGAGACAAAAAAAAUUUCUAAAAAAACAAAAAAAAUAGCUUUUUUUCUAUAUUCUUAUUAUUCCUUUUUCUUAUUGUUCCUGUUUUUAUGUAAGCUUUGUUCCAUUUAACGUUUGAAAAUGAAUUUUCAUCUUUAAUUUUUAAAUUUAAUAUACACUUAA